AUUUAAAGUCAGGAUUUAAUUAAUCUGAAGAAAGAAAAACAGUGAGUCGGCUUCAGUUAGAUCAGUGACAGAAGCAGUUUAUGCAGCUGGAUCAUCUUCUUUCACCUCUCCUCCUGCUGCUGCUAGGAAAAUUGCACAUUUUUUUGUACAAUGUCAAUGCGGAGGUGUGCAUUGUUUAUUACUUUAUGUGCGACGGUGGUGCGCUCACAGUUUCCAAGAGAAUGCGUCGGUGUACAGGGUCUCCAGAGCGGGGAGUGCUGCCCAUCGCUGAGUGGAGACCCAGGAGACAUCUGCGGUUCCAGCGCCGGGCGGGGCCGGUGUGUGCAAGUGAACGCGGACGGGCGGCCCCAUGGACCGCAGUAUCCGCACGAUGGACGGGAUGACCGUGAGCAGUGGCCACUUGCUUUCUUCAACCGCACCUGCCAAUGCAAUGGGAACUUCUCUGGGUAUAACUGUGGUCGGUGUAAGCACGGGCAUGGCGGUGUGAACUGUGACCAACUUCUUGUUGUAGUGAGGAGGAAUGUUAUGGAACUGAGCGAAGAUGAGAAAAGACGUUUUGUGACUGCAUUAGACCGUGCCAAGCGCACUGUGCAACCUGACUUUGUCAUAGCGAGUAGACGUUACCCUGAGAUUUUCGGACCAGAUGGCAAUACUCCACAGUUUGAAAAUAUUUCCAUUUACAAUUUUUUUGUGUGGUCUCAUUAUUACUCUGUCAGCAAAACAUUCCUUGGUGCAGGGCAGCAGAGUUUUGGAGGUGUGGAUUUUUCACACGAGGGGCCAGGCUUUCUCACCUGGCACAGGUAUCACCUGCUGCAGCUUGAAAGGGAUAUGCAGGACAUGCUGCAGGACCCGUCCUUUGGUCUCCCCUACUGGAACUUUGCCAUUGGAGGGAACAACUGUGAUAUCUGCACAGAUGACUUGCUUGGGGCCAGAAGCAACUUUGUAGCUAACGCAAUCAGUCCAAACUCUGUCUUCUCUCAGUGGCGAAUUCUUUGUGAAAGUGUUGAAGACUAUGAUACACUUGGGACUAUAUGUAACAACACAGAGGGAGGUCCUAUUCAAAGAAAUCCAGGUGGGAAUGUUGCCAGGCCCAUGGUGCAGCGCCUCCCUGAACCACAAGAUGUCUCUGCAUGUUUAGAAGUUGGCCAGUUUGACACACCGCCUUUCUAUUCCACUUCAUCAGAGAGCUUCCGAAACACUGUUGAGGGAUACAGUACACCAUCUGGGAAUUAUGAUCCACUGGUCCGCAGCUUGCAUAACCUGGCUCACCUGUUUCUGAAUGGAACUGGAGGACAAACCCAUGUGUCGCCCAAUGAUCCCAUCUUUGUCUUGUUGCAUACUUUUACUGAUGCAAUUUUCGAUGAGUGGUUGAGACGGCAUAAUCCUGAUGUGACGGCUUACCCUUUGGAAAACGCUCCAAUUGGUCACAACAGGCAGUAUAACAUGGUUCCGUUUUGGCCUCCAGUAACCAAUGUUGAGAUGUUUGUAACUUCUGAUAACCUUGGGUACUCGUAUGAGGUUAGGUGGCCAGCUCGCACGUAUACCAUGACUGAGAUUAUAACCAUCGCAAUUAUAGCAGCGCUGGUUUUGAUUGCAGUCAUUUUUGCUGCUACGACAUGUGCUGUGCGCGCAAGAAAGUACAGCCAUGGUAAAAAUGAAGCUCGACAACCCCUACUGGCAGAACACUAUCGACGCUACUCUGAGGAUCAUGAAAGAAUUCAAGAAAAAACACAGUCUGUUGUGAAGAUAGCACCACAUGCCAUACAUGCAGAAUCACCUCUACCUGGAAGAAACAAGAGGGGCUGCAGCUUCUUCACUGGACUCAUCAGUCCUGAAAUGAACCGCAUCAAAUAUGUCUGGGAACAAUUCAGUAAACAACUGCGAAAAAACUUGACCAUUACUUGCCAAUGCGAAUGAACUGCAGUCCAAACUCAUCGAACUUUGGCAAAAUCUGGACUACAAAAGA